AUGCUAUCUCCGACCUUGUUUCCUAUCUUCUGCGCUUUAUUUCUCUGUUUACCAGUCGCCGUUAUCUUCACAGUUCAGAGAGAACUAACCGGCGUUGUUUCGCCGGAAUUUGGUUUCCGUUCUCUCUCAGUCUUCUCUCUCUAUUCUCGUAAUGUCCCUGAAGCAUCUUCUCCGGCGAUUCCGAUUCGACCUCCGAUUCCUAAAGAAGACGAGCCGCUUCUCCGACUAGCUUCUCGGGUUAACCCGAAUCAACCUCCCGGAUCGACCCGGAAAUUAGCUUUUAUGUAUCUAACAACUACGCCUCUUCCUUUUGCGUCUCUAUGGGAAGAGUUCUUCAAUGGAAGCUCUAAGGAUCUCUACAAUAUCUAUAUCCAUGCGGAUCCGACCCGAGAUUACGACCCGCCUUUCUCCGGCGUGUUCGCGAACCGGGUCAUACACUCGAAACUUUCGAAUCGAUACACUCCCACUCUCGCCUCGGCGGCGCGUCGACUAAUCGCACACGCGCUUCUCGACGAUCAGCGAAAUUACAUGUUUGCCCUUUUCUCGCCGUCGUGCGUACCGAUUCGCUCCUUUGACUUCACCUACAAUACACUGAUCUCUUCUCGUAAAAGCUUCAUCGAGAUACUCAAAGACGAGCCGUGGCAGUUCGAUAGAUGGGCGGCGCGUGGGAUGGAAGCGAUGUUACCGGAGGUGAGGCUGGAGGAUUUUCGGAUCGGGUCGCAGUUCUGGGUUUUGAAACGGAGACACGCGCGUGUGGUGGCGCGUGAUCGGAGGAUUUGGGUGAAGUUUAAUCAGACGUGCGUGCGUGAAGACACGUGUUAUCCUGAAGAAAAUUACUUUCCGACCCUUUUAAAUAUGCGGGACCCACGUGGGUGUGUACCAGCCACGCUUACUCACGUGGACUGGACCAUCAACGACGGUGGUCACCCGAGGAUGUACGAGCCAGAGGAAGUGGUUCCUGACCUGAUCGUGCGGUUGAGGAAGACGAGGCCGAGAUACGGUGAAGAUGGAAUCAACGGUUCGGAUUGGUCCGCGAUCGAGCGGAACGAUCCGUUUUUGUUCGCGAGGAAGUUCUCGUCGGAGGCGCUCGAGCCGUUGUUGGGUAUGGCUAGAAACGUGUUGUUUAAUGACUCGGCCGGUGGUGCGUGA